AUGUAUGCAAGCAAGCGGCGUCAACGCAACUUCAAGAGGUGAGUCCGUUUAGGGCUAAUUGGUUGGCUUAUCCCGGUGGUCCAUCCUUCAAUCAUGCGAUGGCAUCCGCACGCAGACCCUCCGGCGGAUAAAAAUUGAAAGUUGCGUGCGGGAAUUCCGUGAGAUCGGAGUCGUUCUAUUAAUGGCGACAUGUCCUGAGGGAACACGGUUUAUCCUCCUUUCGUGCUGAUCCCCCGAAUGAUUGGACGUCACGAAACAGCGUUCGUGCCUGCAAAUCCUCCUCUUAUAAAUUCGCCAACUGCCGCAAUAUGGACCAGUCGGCUGCUUUUGGAGAUGAUCGAGUCCGCUUUUUUAUUAUUCACUUAGGGACAAGCCCGAUCAAGGUCACGAACUAGUCCAAGACAUGUUUGUAUUCAAAUCCUCUCGAGCCGUGUCACCCUCUGUUACGGUAAUUGCAGCGCGAUAAUGGCCUCUCAGCCAUCUUGUCCAUGUUUUCGCGCAUGCAGAUAUCUCUCACCUGUGAAGGAAAUUAAAUAUCCGCGUCAUUAAACAAAGUGUGACAUUAUAUAAUAUCCUCCUGUCCUAAUUGAGGGGUUAUUUAAUAUGCUCGUUUAGGGUUCGCGAAGCUGGGAAGCAAGAUGGGCCUACCAAUCCAAGCAAGAGACAUCGAGAACGACUCAAUGGGGAGUUGGAGACGGUGGCUGCAUUGUUGCCCUUCGAUGAGAACACACUUCAGCGUCUGGACAAACUGAGUGUCUUGCGAUUGGCUGUCAGUUAUCUACAGAUAAAGGCCCACUUUCAGGGUGCGUUUUAAAAAUGCUGAAAUUUUAAGCUAGGUGGAUGCUGUUAAAAAUGGUUUUGCAGUAUGUUCGGCCAAUUUUCCACAUCAAACUUGUCCGUUCCAUCCCUAUGGAUUCCCUCGGAUUCAACUUGGCCCGAUCCCAUCUAUUAUUGAGACCCGAACUGGAUCCAUCUUCGUCGAUCCACUGGAACCGUCAUUCAGCCAGAUUGCUCUCAGGGUAUGUAAAGAUCUGCCGCAAAGUAGAGACCGAAUUUAGGCAUUGGGUGGGUUUGUGAUUGUAAUGAGCAUCCAAGGCGAAAUUCUGUAUGCAAGUGAGAACAUUGAACUCUUCCUUGGACUCUUACAAUCCGACAUCCUUCAUCAGCCAGUAUUUGAAAUGAUUCAUUCUGAAGACCGUGAUGACAUAAAGGAAGGACUCAAGAAGGACAUCGCGUUAAGUGGAGAGAGCCUCGAGAAAGUGAUGGUUGCUCGGUUUAGAAGUUUGCUGGACAAUACUUGCGGCUUCAUUGUAGGUUAUUCCUAAAGAAAAAAUGUUUGUUCAGAGAGUGGAAUUGAGAGGUCGAUUCACUGAACUCCAUUCAGCAGGCACGUCCAGUGCCCAUUCAGUGAACGCUUUUCUGGCCGUUUGCACUCCAUUUGUCCCUCCAAUUCAGACCGAAUUGCCUACCGAAGAUCCGAUUCUCAAAUCAAAACAUUCAUUGGAUUUGACAGUUAUCUGCCUUGAUUCAAAGUUGUCUUCUUUACUAGAGAUUGGAGAUAAUGGUGUUGCCAAUCAGAGUUUCUACAACUACGUGCAUCCUGAAGAUGCACAGUAUGUGAGUGAUGCACAUCGAGCCGGUAUGUUGUUACAUCUGGUUUGAAAUUGCAAACUCAAUCAAUUUUUAGUUGUGAAAAACACUUCGUCCGGACUGAUGAUAUACAGACUAAUGGGUCAGGUGACUGGGAGAAUAGUAUAUGUACAGAGCAGUCUGAGGACUUUCUUCAAAACAAACAAGGCAGAAUCUAUUGGGGGAACACAUCGAACAUUAAGGUCGGCUUUCUUCCUCCCCAAGUUACCGUAAGCCAUUUCAGUGAGGUCGACGGCGUCGCCUUAUUGGAGAAAAGAGCAACCAUGAAGUCCACAUAUCUAACCUUUGACGACACUUUGUUACAAUCGCCGAGACAAAUCAGCUGCAUAGCAUCGCUCAACCCAUGCUCCAGAUCCGCACCGCCGAGAGAACUCAAGAUUUCAAAACCGGGAACAAUAAAUGGAGCAAAUCAUCAGUCAGAACUUCCGCCAGUUCAUCUGCCCAUGUUAAGUAUCAAUCCAACUCAUCUGGCGGAGAACUCCGUCUUUUUCCAUCAACCUCUUCUGCCAAUUACUGUAAGUGGGAAAGGUUAAAAGGACUACAGAAUAUUUUUUUCAAAAACAAUAUGAAAAAAUUUAGAUUGAUGGAGGACCGCAGCAGGAUUUCAAUGGAUUAGCAGCCAUGAUUCCGAACCCCGUACAAGAAAAUGACUUGCUGUGGCAGCAAGCUUUAAAACCUUCAUUAGACGCGGCCUACAGUGAGAUCGCUCCAAGUUGUUAUUAUCCCCAUGGUACGUUUACUUCUUCUUGUCAAUUCGUUGCGUUUACUUCUUCUUGUCAAUUCGUUGCGUUUACUUCUUCUUGUCUUAUUGACCAUUUAAAUUGUUUUAUUUUAAGCAUAUAUGGAUCCGUCAUCACAACAAGACCUCAGCGGGGUUCACGAAUAUUACCAUCCCCACCCUCACCUCCUACCCAAUCCUUCCCAAUUAGCCAAAACUUAUGAAACCACGGCCUCCACGGAGUCCUCUUUUGUAGGUGCAAAUGCAGUCCGUUACUGUGAUCCAAAUGGGUUCGAUCCUGGGUUCAGUGCUAGUUCAGCACCAGAUUUCAAUCAACCAACCAACAACUUUACAUUUUUCACAGAAGUUGCCCACAUUUUGGGUAAUUCUUAA